UCGCGUUGAGAACUCGCGAUCCAAACCAGGUACCUCAAGCUGCUUGUAGCGCUGCGGCGGUCCAGACGACCUAACCUACAACUACCACCUACCUACUCGCGGCGCAGAGAAAGGAACUGUCGUCAAAGCUGCAGCAAUCCCCAACGAACGCUCUUCAUAUCGCACAUUCAAGGCAACCACAUAAACGCUCGCCUUAACCUUUUGCAAUCAUGGCGGCGGAGCAGCGAAAGCUCCUCGAGCAGCUCAUGGGCGGCGGCAUCGCAGCCCGCCCGUCCCAGCUCUCCCUUACUGACGCCAAGGUCUGCCGGUCCUACGUCGCCGGCACCUGCCCGCACGAUCUCUUCACCAACACCAAGCAGGACCUCGGCCCCUGCCUGCGCGUGCACGCCGAGGCCCUCAAGGUCGAGUACGAGGCGCUGCCGGAAAAAGAGAAGGCGCGGCUGGGGUUUGACUACGACUACAUGCGCGAUCUGUCAAAGUACAUCGACGAGUGCAACCGCAGGAUCGACCAGGCGCAAAGGAGACUGGAGAGGACGCCGGAUGAGAUCCGCCAACACAAUGAGCUGCUCCGUACGAUCAACGACCUACAAUCCUCCAUCAACUGCGGCAUCACCGAGGUCGAGAUCCUGGGCGAGGAGAGCUUGGUUAUCCAGUCGCUGGAGGAGUACGUGCGCGUGCGCCAGACCGAGGUGUCCAAAGCCGAGCGGGAGCGGGAGCUCAAGGUGCUUCUCGAUACUAGUGGGCCGUCGGGCCACCAAAAGCUCCAGGUCUGCGACGUUUGCGGCGCUUACCUGUCCCGCCUCGACAACGACCGCCGCCUGGCCGACCACUUCUACGGCAAGAUGCACCUCGGCUACGCGCAGAUGCGCAAGGCCUACGAGGCGUUCCCUAAGGAGCUGCGCCAGCGCGGCGGCCGCGGCGACCGCGGCGAGCGGGGCGGCUACGGGGGUCGCGGCGGCCGCGACGACUACGGCGGGUACGGCCGCGGCGGCCGGGACCGUGACGGCCGUGAUCGUGACGAUGGUGGAGGGUACGGCGGCGACCGAGGCGGCGGCCGCUUUAGAGAUGACGAUGGCCCCGGGGGCCGGGAUCUAGAGAUUAUGGUGAUGGUGGUUGGAGGGGCGGUCGGGGCUCGCGUUCUGGUGGUGGCGGUGGUGGUGGAGGUCGUGGUGGCCGCCGCGGAAGAUGGUGAAAAGACGGAUCUCGGCGGCGUAUGUAUGUGCCGUGUGUCUUAUUUGUCUUUUUGAACCAUGAGUUUGGUGUUCGGCGUUAUGGGGGUGGAUGGGAAAACGGCGCAGCGCUUGAUACCAUUUCACUAUAUAGGGCAUAUAGGAAGGAGAUUGCCUUUGCCUAGUGCCAGAGGGCCAGAUUGAAUUCCUCAUCAGCCGUUCUUGGGUAUAUAUCUCUGUUCAGAGCCGAGGGCCAGAAUAAAGUGCUCCGGGGAAAAGAAGACGCGAGCACGUAGUUGGGUGGCCACAAGGAUACAUCCUCGACCUCAGGCUGUGAUAAAUGAAGACUUUCACUCUUGUUGUGGUAUCAUUGUAAUUUUUAUUUUACUUCUUUUAAUACAUCCCAUUCCAAGUCCC